UUCCAUUAAUUUUUGAUAACAUAGUGGUAUAUAUAAUCACGGCAAUUCUCUUCUUUAAUAACACCAUAAACUCUACUUGCACACAAAUUCAUUCUUUCUGUCUGUCUCCUGCUUCUUCUCUCUUUUUUUUUUAAAGGCCUGAAAUGAUCAUGAAGCACUUACUAAAAAAAAUGAUGGGUAAUUGUCUUCUAAUUCAAUUAAGGCGACCCAAGAGAAUUAGUUCAUUCGAUACUCCGGUGGAAAAAAUUGUACGGAUAUUGAAUAUGAACGGAAAGGUCGCAGUCGAGUACCAAUCGUCAGUUCUAGUUAAAGAUGUUUUGGUGAAUUUCAAUGGUUUUGGAGUUGGAAUUCUGGAAGGGUCUUCUCGUAUUCUCCCUCCGGACUAUGAGUUGAAAACUGGAAAUGUUUACCAUCUUCUUCCUAAUCCUCAACCGUUAAUCAAGACGGGUAGUCAGUUAUGUGGGGAGGUCAAGCAGAUUAAAGUGAUUAUAACAAAACAACAGCUUCAAGAAUUGUUAUCGAAAAGGGGUUCAAUUGAAGACAUGAUCGCCAAAGUUUCUAAAGGAUUAUUUGAUCAAGAGCAUAAUGAUGUUGAUCAUGUCAGUACGCCAAGAAGUUGGAGGCCUGAACUUGAAACUAUACCAGAAGGACGUGAAUAGAUAAUGAAGAUUAGAGUAGAAAAAUGGUAAUCUGUAGUUCUUAAGAGAGUUUAAAAAUAGAACCCAAUCAAAAAAAAAAAAUACUAGGUGAUCAUUAGGGUUCUUCAUUUAAAACAAUUAAGUAAAGAGAAAAAACUUAAAAUCAUGUAUAUUGUAAUAAAUUCUUUUACUUAAAGAACGCAAAUUCACAAUCACAGAAGAAACUAGGAAUAUUGGAAGGUUUAUAAUUGUAUGUAUGUAAUUGUUACUGAAACUUUAAUGAACACUUCCGGCCGGUUGCUAA